AUGCCUCGCUUGAUCUAUCUGGCCGUAUUCUCAAACGGAUUGCAACCCGCUCAUCAAGCUAUCUUUGUUCCUACAGGCGAUACCGGCGAGGUAGGAAAGGUGAUUCAUGUCACUGGGAAUCCUACCACCGGAUUUUGUCUACAAUUCAAGCGUAACUACAACUUCUUAACAGACAACCGCAAGUACGUCACCCUGCCGCUUGGGGAGGUGGAAGAUCAGUGCAUCAAAGAUACAGUGGGUAAUGGGAAUGAAGGAAUGGAUACAACUGCACGGGACCAAUUGGAGUCGAUUGCUUUAGUAGUUGAGCCUCCUAAAAGCAAUCUCGACCUCUCUGACCCAUUAGCACUUACCUGCCAUGACUGGAUCCUGGCCUUUGUCCAGAAACUUGUGGACGAUGGCAUUGUCACGGAACGCGCGAUUUCUGUGGUUCAAGAUGGCCCAAAGAUAUUAUAG